UUGGACGAUACCAGCGUCGCGACGCUUGUGUUUAGUCUUUGACGCCGUCUAGAGAGUGUUAUUUGGUUGACGCUGAUACGUGCACGACAUCCUACGGUUUUUCGUAAACAGCAACUGACAAAGGUACUACAUGGAAAAAUACAAAGAAGGCGUUGCGCAUAUUGUAUGAAAUAAGUGCAUUGUUUGAUAAUAAAGAAUGCAGCGUAGUUAGACAGCUUCCGGCAGACUUCACGUCUAUCUCAAAUCAAAUUUGCAUCACGUAUUCUAUAUAUGCACAUUCUGCUCUUUGGCAAACUACUGAACGUAUUUCCAACAGCAAUUUCCACACAGCAAAAAUAAGUGCCUAUAUCUGUCUAAAUUAUUUGAAUGGGUUAAUUUGGGAAGUAAGUUUCUAUCAAUGAACACGACUUUGGAGACCUUUCAUCCCGUCGGGGCUAGAAUUUCUCUUUCCACUCCUGACGAAUUGGAAAGGAGAGAAGAAAUCCAUCGCAAUAAUUUGCUCCUUCACGAAGCUGUUAUCAAAAAUGACACCGAAACCGUUCGAAGAAUAUUAAAAGAACCGGUGGAUGUCAAUUCUAGAAAUAAUUAUGGACGAUCUCCUAUGCAUUGGGCAUCGAGCAGGGGAAACACAGAUAUAAUGGAAAUGCUUAUUUCAUCUAAUUGUGAUAUAGAAUCCAGAGACAAGUAUGGAAUGAGGCCCUUACUAAUGGCAGCAUGGCAUGGACAUAGAAAUGCUGUACAAUUACUAAUAAAUGCUGGUGCUAACUCAAAUGCUACUAACAAGAAAAAUUACACGUUACUAAUAUGCGCUGCUAAAAAUAAUAAACUCGAAAUUGUAAAUUAUCUUUUGGACACAUUGGAAGAUAUUCGGGUAGAUUGUGGAGAUGUUGAGGGUCAAACAGCAUUACAUCAUGCAGCUGUUGGAGGCCAUUUAGAAGUUGUCAAGAAACUUUUAGAUGUUGGGGCCACUGUGGACAAACGGAACAAGGACCAAAGAACUCCUUUGCAUGUCGCUUGUGAAAAGGGGCAUGUCGAGGUGGCAAAAUUAGUUUUAGCACAUGAGGCGAAUUUAGAAGCCAGAGAUGCAGAAGGGAACACACCGCUUCAUUUAGCCGCUCAGCAACAACAAACUGAAAUUGUCCAAUUACUUCUGGACCAAGGAUCUGAUCCGGAUGCUGAAAAUUCUAAAGGGUUUACACCUCAACAUAUUGCUUGCAGUCUAGGAAGCAAAGGCAUCUUAGAUUCUUUGCUACAACAUGGAUCAUCAAUUAAUAAGCCAAACAAGGCGGGCAAUACAGCUUUACAUCUAGCAUGUCAAUCAAAUGAAAUCGACACAGUAGAAAUUCUUAUCAGUAAAGGAGCUGAUUUAAAUGCACUUAAUGCGCGUUUGCAGUCUCCUAUUCAUAUUGCAGCGGAAAUGGGCAGAACGGAAAUAUGCCGUUUGCUUUUAGCCUCCGGUGCUAAUAUAGAACAAAGGGAACAAGGCGGUAGAACGCCGCUGUACAUAGCAGCAAGGGGUAGUUUCACUGCCAUCGUUGACAUGAUUAUUAAAACUGCCCGACUUGAUUACCUACCUCAUGAGCAGACCAAUAAACCGAUCAAAAAGGAAAACGAAGGUGGAGGCUUGAAACCUGUACUAAGCGUUAGGAAAAAGUUAAGGAAUCCUUCGAGGGACGAUGGACGCAAAUGGAACAGCGAAAGGUUAAAAGACGUUAUUUUUAAACUGGCCUACAAACAAUUGCAACCAGGCGAUUGGAAAAAAUUAGCUUAUCAUUGGGCUUUUACGGAAGAGCAUGUACGAGCCAUUGAACAUCAAUACACAGGUGACAGUCCAUCCAGCUACAAGGAACAUGGAUUUCGAAUGCUUUUAAUUUGGACCCACGGUUUGGCCCCCGAUGCAAACCCUAUCAAAGAACUUUAUGAUAGUCUAAUUGCGAUCGAUAAAAGAUCUGUAGCAGACGCUCUGAGAAGGAAACUUGACUUGGAAAAUGAAGAACGACAAAGAGGAAAAAAGAAGACUUGUUCUGGUUGCAAUGUUACUUGAAUGUCAAUUUUUUUAAUAAUAAUUAUAAUAAGCAUUUGUUUCUUAUGAAUAUUACAUAUCUUGUGAAUAAAUGAUGA